CUCUUCCUUUUGUAGUUCUUGAUCCAGUUGUUUCGAAUACAGAUCGUUUUCCUAUGUUGCACAAGAUAGUUAGGCGGGACGAUUCUUCCUUUUUUAAACUGUCGUUUUCCACAUUAGUAGAAUUUAAUGUAGCUUCGCGUAAAUUCUGUAAUUUGCGCUCAGCGUUUUUCACCUCUCGACAUCAAACGGAAUGACGCAGUUGGGAAGACCCGACGCUACACUUGGGUUUCUUCGGUUUAGGUUUACUGCAUUUGUGGCGACUGCCCCAUAAGAUGCUGAUGAUGUAUUAAGAGAAUAAUUUUCCUUCCUGGACUGAACAUGCCAAAAGAAUCAGAAACCCCACUCUCCUUGUCUGACUGCCAUUGUAAUAUUUGCAUGGAUAUUUUUGUGGAACCAGUCACACUACCAUGCCACCAUACUCUUUGUAACGCCUGUUUUCAACUUACUGUGGAAAAAGCAAGUUUGUGUUGCCCUUUUUGCCGUCGGCGUGUCUCAUCUUGGGCACGAUAUAACUCUCGCAAUAACACUCUUAUUAACGUGGAGUUAUGGGAAAAAAUUAAGAAACAUUUUCCAGAAGAGUGCCAACGCAGAAUUAAUGGACACGACCUAGAAAAUUAUUUGCACCUGCCUCAACCAAUACACUGCUUAAGUAAGCCUGGAGAAUUAAAGAAAGAAUAUGAAGCUGAGAUCACUAAGGUGGAAGCAGAACGCCAGGCUCUUGAGCAAGAAGAGAGCAAAGCAAGUGAAGAAUAUAUUCAAAGACUACUAGCAGAAGAGGAAGAAGAGCAAAGGUUAACAGAAGAAAAGAAAAAAAAGAUAGCACACCAGUUGCUAUUAGAUGAAGUGUUGGCACGAGAACUGAGUUUAAAUUUGAACAGAUCUGCUGAAGAGUCUGUUAAAAGCAGUCCGGUACCUGGCCCGUCCCCUGAUUGCUGCAAAACUUCAAAAACCAAAUCAAGCAAUUAUGGAGACAUUAAGAAGUAUUUAUCUCCAAAGUCUUGUGGUUUCUUUCCUCCAAAAUUGCUAUUUGGAGAAUUAAAAGAAGAAAACAUUGACACUCUUUCUGAGGAAAGCAUUAGAGCAAAAACUCACUUUACCUUGGAAGAUGAAGAAAUAAAAGAUGAUAUAACCAUACUAUCUUCAGAGACAACCGGAGAAGGAAAAAUGACUAAAGAUUUCCCUUUAGAAUCUAUGGGUUCUCGUUUAAAUAUAUGUACUACAUCUGAGUUUAACUGUCAUGGCCCUGAAUGGUCGUCUUUUUCCAGGAGUCAGUUAAAUGAACCAAUAGAGGAACCUGUUACUAAUAGAGAGGACGAUGAAACUGAUUUUUUCUCAAUGAGCCAUGGUUCCAGUAUCAAUGACUUUGGAAAUAAAAAUUUUACAGAAAGUACUUGCUUGCUAAAACUUCACAAAAAUGACAGCACUGAAGAAAUCGUUAUUUCUUUGAAAUCUAGUAGUCAGUUUGACAGUAAAGAUAUAACCUGUGAAGAAACAAAGGUAAUGGGAAGCUAUCCAAUUGAAAAUAAAAACCAGAGUUGCUCAUUGAUCAGUAAGGAGAUUCCAAAGAGAAAAUCUCAAGAAUCUCCCACUGAAUGGACAGAGGAUUCAUAUUUGAAUGACAAAAGAAGAAGAACCUAUGUACAAACAGAAGAGAAAGAGAUAAACGAUAUACAAAAGCAGAUACAUUUGGAGGAACAGCUUUAUAAACGAUAUAAACAGGAAGAAGAAGAUAGAUGUCUGGCUUUGAAAAUUCAGAAGGAAAUGGACAGAGAACAGAAAAUACUAAAUCGCAAAAAAGGUUCCCCUGAUGAGUAUCAUUUGCGCCCUACAACAUCUACGGCAGUUGGAAAAUCCCCAGCUGUUGGGAAACAUUGCAAACUCUUAAAGGCUUCAAACAGCCAGAAAAAAAUAAAUCAACCCAAAACACACAGACGUUCCCACAGUGAGAAUGAGAGGCCCUCUAGCAAACGCCAGACAAAACCAUCUGAAAAAAAUGGGAAUGUUCUGAAUUGUGUCCUCAACUCUGAUUUAAAGAAUGUAGAAUUGCUGCCAAUCAAACAAAGGACGAUUAUCCAGAUGUUUAAGAAAUCUGCAACAGAUUGACACAUUCACCAAAACCAUUGUAGAUUAAUAGAAAAUUUUGAAAAAGAUAUUCUGAAAAACUGGCAAAUAUUUAUCUCUUCUGGUAUUAGAUGUUCCCAGAAUUAAUAUGUUACUUGUUUCAGAAACUAGCAUUUUUUUCUGUGCCUUUUUCUUUGAAUUCUUGUGUCUGUUCUUUAAUACUUAGAUGGUAUCAACUACUUUCAAUUUCAAGUUGAACUGAAUGAUACUUGCUGAGUUGUCAUAACCAUGCCAUUGUUGUCUGUGAACCUAUAAGACGGUGGUAAAUGCAGUCUUUAAGACUCAUAGCCUAAGAUACAUUCACAUUUUUCUUUUUGCUGGAAUUGUAUUUUUGCUUCAUUAGUAAUAUGGUUUACAGGUUUCACCAGAAAACAAUAACUUUUCAGUGGAUUCAUUUUGUAAGUUUAAAUUUGAUAUUUUGUAAAAGUAUGAGGCACCAAAGACAGUCAAUAGGAAAAUCACACUUACUUUCAUUUGUAAGUAAUUUCUAAUAUAUAGAUUAUAUAUAAUGUCAUUAAAAUUACAUAUAACUAUUUCAUUACAAUUAUUUAAGGUGUAACAGUCAUAAUUAUUUCCUAAGCAUAGUUCUAAUAAAUACAUCCAACAGAGUUAGCACUCUGAUAAGGGAGAAAGGUUAAUUUAGGGUCUGAUGAUUGUAGCCUAUAUAUGGUUUAGAUAUAUAUCUAUGGCUAAAUAGAAUUGUUUUCCACAUUCUUGAAAACUUUGGUAAGAUAUCUCAGCAUUCAGAACGUUUAGAAAGGGUGAUAGCAACAAAAAAUACAGGCUAAAGUACUGGUUUUUUACCGUUGCAAUCAAUUGUGCCUUUCUUUAGAAAUAUCCAACUCAUUUGUUUUUUGUUCAGCUUUAUAAAAAUGGUAAUUCUUGUAGCUGGGUUCAAUAAAUCAUUCAGACAAAGAUAUAUAAUCUGAAGGGUUUACUUAAAAGUGACAGUAUAAUAAGUGAAUAAAAUAAUUAUUUUUCAAGCA